CUCGUGUCUCAGAAUCAAGUUUCAAGUAGUUUGAGCCUGGAUUAUUCUUCCACAGCCUAACUCUUUUGAUAAAAGUUGUUCAUUUCAAUCUGAAGGCUAAAUGAGUAUGAAACAGAAAACUGUGUAUCAGCAAACUCAAGCACUUCUGCGCAAGAAUUUUCUUAAGAAAUGGAGAAUGAAAAGAGAAAGCUCAUUGGAAUGGGGUCUCUCAAUACUUCUAGGACUGUGUCUGGGUCUGUUUUCAAGUUUUUUAAGAAGUGUCCAGUUUCCUGAAACACCUCCUCAUGAUCUGGGAAGGGUAGAUCAAUUUAAUAGCUCUUUUAGAACGGUUGUGUAUACACCAAUCUCUAAUGUAACCCAGCAGAUAAUGAAUAAAACAGCAUUUGCUCUUUUUUUGAAAGGAGAAAGAAUCAUUGGGGUACCAAAUGUAAAACAUAUGGAUAAAAUACUUGCAGAAAAUACACCGCAUGCUGUGGGAGUCAUCUUUAAUGAUGCUUUCUCAUAUAAGUUAAAAUUUUUUCAGGGAUAUGACAUUCCAGCUUUGUCAGAUGAAGAUCUCUCAGCUCAUUGCUGGGAGGGAUAUGAAGAGUUUCACUGUUCAUUAACCACAUACUGGAAUAGAGGAUUUGUUACUUUACAAACUGCCAUUAAUGCUGCUAUUAUAGAAAUCACAGCAAAUCACUCUGUGAUGGAGGACUUGAUGUCAGUUACUGCUACAAAUAUGAAGACAUUACCUUUUAUUUCUAAAGAUGGUCUUCAAAAUGAGAUAUUUAUUUUAUACUGCUCACUUUAUUUCUCCCCUCUUAUAUAUUUUGUAUCACUCAAUGUUACAAAAGAGAGAAAAAAGUGUAAGGAUUUGAUGAAAAUGAUGGGUCUACAAGAUUCAGCAUUCUGGCUCUCCUGGGGUUUAAUCUAUGCUGGCUUCAACUUCAUUAUUUCCAUACUCAUUACAAUUGUUAUAACAUCCACCGAAAUUAUAGUCAUGACUGGCUUCAUGGUCAUAUUUACACUCUUUUUCUUAUAUGGCUUGUCUUUGAUAGCUUUAGUGUUCCUGAUGAGUGUGCUAUUAAAGAAAGCUGUCCUCACCAAUUUGUUUGUGUUUCUCUUUACCCUCUUUUGGGGGUGUCUGGGAUUCACUGUAUUAUAUAAACAACUUCCUUCAUCUCUGGAGUGGAUUUUGAGUAUUUGUAGUCCCUUUGCUUUUACUGCUGGAAUGAUUCAGGUUAUUCGAAUGGAUUAUAAUUUGAAUGGUGUGAUUUUUCCUGACCCUUCAGGAGUCUCAUAUAUAAUGAUAGCAACGUUUUCCAUAUUGGCUUUGGAUGGUCUUAUCUACUUGGUAUUGGCAUUAUACUUUGACAAAAUUCUACCUUAUGGAAGUGAGUGUCGUUACUCUCCAUUAUUUUUCCUGAAUUCGUCAUCUUGUUUUCAACACCAAAGGACUGAUAAUAAGGUCAUUGAGAAAGAAAUAGAUCCCGAGCAUCAAUCUGAUGAUAAUUUUGAACCAGUAGCUCCUGAAUUCCAAGGAAAAGAAGCCAUCAGAAUCAGAAAUGUUAAAAAAGAAUAUAAAGGAAAGCCUGGAAAAGUGGAAGCAUUGAAAGGUUUGCUCUUUGACAUAUAUGAAGGUCAAAUCACAGCAAUUCUGGGCCACAGUGGAGCUGGCAAAUCUUCACUGCUAAAUAUCCUUAAUGGAUUAACUGUUCCAACAGAAGGAUCAGUUACUAUCUAUAAUAAAAAUCCCUCUGAAAUGCAAGACUUGGAGGAAAUCAGAAACAUCACUGGUAUUUGUCCUCAACUCAAUGUUCAAUUUGACACAUUGACUGUGAAGGAAAACCUCAACCUAUUUGCUAAAAUAAAAGGGAUUCAUCCGCAGGAAGUGGAACAAGAGGUACAACGAAUUUUGUUGGAAUUGGACAUGCAAAACAUUCAAGAUAACCUUGCUGAACAUUUAAGUGAAGGACAGAAAAGAAAGCUGACCUUUGGGAUUGCCAUUUUAGGAGAUCCUCAAGUUUUGCUCUUAGAUGAACCAACUACUGGACUGGAUCCCUUUUCAAGGCAUCAAGUGUGGAGCCUCCUGAAGGAACGUAAAGCAGAUCGUGUCAUCCUCUUCAGCACCCAGUUCAUGGACGAGGCUGACAUCCUGGCUGAUAGGAAAGUCAUCAUGUCCAAUGGGAGAUUGAAGUGUGCAGGCUCUUCUAUCUUUUUGAAGAGAAAAUGGGGUCUUGGAUAUCACUUAAGUUUGUAUAGGAAUGAAACAUGUGAUCCAGAACAAAUAACCUCCUUCAUUAAUCAUCACAUCCCUGGUGCUAAAUUAAAAACAGAAAAUGAAGAAAACCUUGUGUAUACUUUGCCUUUGGAAAGGACAAAUAAAUUUCCAGAUCUUUUCAGUGCUCUUGAUAAGUAUUCUGCUCAGGGAGUGAUGGGUUAUGAUGUUUCCAUGUCAACUCUGAACGAAGUCUUCAUGAAACUGGAAGGAAAGUCAACUAUCGAACAGGAUUUUGAACAAGUGGAGAUGACAAGAGACUCAGAAAGCCUAAAUGAAAUGGAGCCAGCUCACUUUUCCCUCCCUGAAAUGCUGAAGACUGAGAGUGGCAUGGGCCUCUGGAGAAUGCAAGUCUGUGCAAUAGCACGGCUCCGUUUCUUAAAGUUAAAACGUGGAAGGAAAGUGCUUUUGACCCUAUUAUUGGUAUUUGGAAUUGCAGUGUUCCCUUUGAUUAUGGAAAAUGUACUUCAUGCUAUGUUUAAUCAAAAAAUUGAUUUGGAGUUUAAAACCGGAUUAUAUUUUCUCUCUCCUGGACAACUUCCCCAGGACCCCCGUACCAGCCUGUUGAUCAUCAAUAACACAGAAUCAAAUAUUGAAGAUUUUAUACAGUCACUGAAGCAUCAAAGUAUACUUUUGGAAGUAGAUGACUUUAAAAACAGAAAUGGUACUGAUGGCAUUUCAUACAAUGGAGCUAUCAUAGUUUCUGGGAAACAAAAGGAUUAUAGAUUUUCCAUUGUGUGCAACACCAAGAGAUUGCACUGUUUUCCUAUUCUUAUGAAUAUUAUCAGCAAUGGGCUACUUCGAAUGUUUAAUUAUACACAAUAUAUUCGAAUUGAGAGAAGCCCAUAUCCUCUUAGCUCUGUAUCAACAGUCUGGACGGGGCUGCCAGAAGGUUCCAUUUUCUUAUUUUUGGUUUUAUGCAGCACGUCUCCUUACAUCGCCAUGAGCAGCAUCAGUGAUUACAAAAAGAAAGCUAAGUCCCAGCUAUGGAUUUCUGGCCUCUAUACUUCUGCUUACUGGUGUGGGCAGGCACUGGUGGAUAUUAACUUCUUCACUUUAAUUCUCCUUUUAAUGUAUUUUAUUUUCUACAUAGAAGACGUGGUGAAUAUUUAUUCUACAAGUCGAAUUGUGUUGGCUAUGGUUAUAAUUACGCCUGGUUAUGCAGCUUCUCUUGUCUUCUUGACAUAUAUGAUAUCAUUUAUUUUUCGCAAAAGGAGGAAAAACAGUGGCCUUUGGUCAUUUUGCUUCUAUUUUGUCUCUGCCAUCAUGCUUAUCAUCAUUGUAAUCAAUCAUUUUGCCCUAAUUAUCAUAAUUACCAGCAUGAUAUUAGUUCCUUCAUUUACCUUGUUUGGAUUUAUAACUUUUAUGGAAGAGAGAGCCCUGGAGCAUUACAGAAAAUUUCAAGAAGUAAACUUUGACCUGAGUGAAGUUGAUCUUCUAGUCUGUCUGAUACCUUACUUUCAGGCUUUGCUGUUCAUUUUUGUUCUAAGAUGCAUGGAACUAAAAUAUGGAAAGAAGAGAAUGCAAAAGGAUCCUGUUUUCAGAAUCUCCCCCCAAAGUAGAGAGGCUCGACCAAAUCCAGAAGAACCUACAGAUGAAGAUGAAGAUGUUCAAGCAGAAAGAAUAAGAGCAGCAACUGCCCUGACCACUUCAAACUUAGAUGAGAAACCAGUCAUAAUUGCCAGCUGUCUACACAAAGAAUAUGUGGGCCCGAAGAAAAAUUGCUUUUCAAAAAGGAAGAAGAAAAUAGCAGCAAGAAAUAUCUCUUUCUGUAUUAAAAAAGGUGAAAUUUUGGGAUUGCUAGGACCCAAUGGUGCUGGUAAAAGUUCAUCUAUUAGAAUGAUAUCUGGGAUCACAAAGCCAACGGCUGGAGAGGUGGAACUGAAAGCAUGCAGUUCCGAUUUGAGUCACCAGGGAGAAGGCACAGUCAAAUUCCUGGGGUACUGUCCUCAGGAGAACGUGCUGUGGCCCGUGCUGACCGUGAGGGAGCACCUGGAGGUGUACGCCGCUGUGAAGGGGCUGAGGAAAGAGGACGCAAAGGUCGCCAUUACACGAUUAGUGGAUGCUUUCAAAUUACACGAGCAUCUGAAUGUGCCAGUGCAGAAAUUAACAGCAGGAGCUACUAGAAAGCUGAGCUUUGUGCUAAGCAUCCUGGGAAAUUCACCUGUCCUGCUUCUGGAUGAACCGUCUACAGGCAUGGAUCCAACAGGGCAGCACCAAAUGUGGCAGGCAAUCCAGGCAGCCAUUAAAAACACAGAGAGAGGUGUCCUUUUGACCACCCAUUACCUGGCUGAGGCUGAGGCCCUCUGUGACCGUGUGGCUAUCAUGGUGUCUGGAAGGCUGCGAUGCAUUGGCUCCGUUCAACACCUGAAAAACAAACUUGGCAAGGAUUACACUCUGGAACUAAAAGUGAAGGAAGCUUCUCAAGUGACUUUGGUUCACACCGAGAUUCUGAAGCUUUUCCCACAGGCUGCUCAGCAGGAAAGGUAUCCCUCCUUGUUGACCUAUAAGCUACCCCUGGUGAACGUUUACCCCCUGUCUCAGGCCUUUCAUAAAUUAGAGACAGUAAAACAUAACUUUAACCUGGAAGAAUAUAGCCUCUCUCAGUGCACAUUGGAAAAGGUAUUCUUAGAACUUUCUAAGGAGCAGGAGGAGGGAAAUUUUAAUGAAGAAAUUGAUACCACAAUGAGAUGGAAACUGCUCUCUCAUUCAGAUGAACCUUAAAACCUUAAACCUAACAGUUUUUUAUUAUCCUAUAAACUUAUGUUUUAUGUAAUAAUUAGCAGUAUGUCUAAUUUUAAAGAAUAUUUAAUAUCAAUAUCAGGCAUAUUUUGUAUAUGUAGUUAAUAAAUGAAUAAAUUUUAAA